CCUUCCUUCUACCGGAUAAACCCUAAUCACAAACCCUAAUUCCUACAGCAAUAAUCCCCAAUUACAAGCACCAUCGCUCUUCGUCUCUCUGCGUCUGCUCUAGUUCGUGAAUAAUCGAGAUUUCAAGAUGGUUCGGAGCUUGAAAAGACCUAAGAAAUCUAAACAAAAGGAUAAGAGUUCUAAGAAAGGGGAAGGAUCGUCGUCAAAUUCCCAACCUUCGGUGGCAGCAAAGGUGUGGCAACCGGGUGUAGACAAAUUGGAGGAGGGGGAGGAGCUCCAGUGCGAUCCUUCAGCUUACAACUCUCUUCAUGCUUUUCACAUUGGAUGGCCUUGUUUGAGUUUUGACGUAGUGAAGGAUUCCCUAGGAUUGGUGCGCACUGAGUUUCCACACACUGUUUAUUGCGUUGCAGGAACACAGGCAGAAAAAGCUUCCUGGAAUUAUAUUGGAAUAUUUAAGGUGUUGAAUAUCUCUGGUAAGAAACGUGAAUUAGUGCCAAAGAAGACAGAUGAUGAUGAUGGUUCGGACAUGGAUAGUGACGAUAGUGACAGUGAUGAGGAAGAGGAAGAGGAAGCCGGCUCUCGAACCCCAGUUUUGCAGCUACGCAAAGUUUCUCACAAUGGAUGUGUCAACCGGAUACGUGCUAUGCGACAAAAUCCUCAUAUUUGUGCUUCAUGGGCUGAUUCUGGCCAUGUUCAGUUGUGGGACUUCACCUCUCAUUUAAAUGCUUUGGGACAAUCAGAUACCGAAUCUGUCAAUGGAGCAACCACAGUGUCCAAUCAAGCUCCUUUAUAUAAGUUUACUGGCCACAAGGAUGAAGGCUAUGCUAUAGACUGGAGCCCUCUCGUUGCUGGAAGGCUAGUUUCAGGGGAUUGCAGGAACAAUAUUCAUCUAUGGGAGCCCACAUCGGAUUCAACAUGGAAUGUCGAUCCAAAACCGUUUGUUGGACAUUCUGCAAGUGUAGAAGAUCUACAGUGGAGUCCGACAGAACCCUUUGUCUUUGCAUCAUGCUCGGUUGAUGGAAACGUUGCAAUUUGGGACAUCCGUUUGGGAAAGUCUCCGGCAGUUUUGAUAAAAGCACACAAAGCAGACGUAAAUGUAAUUACAUGGAACAGCCUUGCAAGCUGCAUGCUCGCAUCUGGCAGUGACGACGGGACAUUUUCCAUCCGAGAUCUUCGACUUCUCAAGGAAGAAGACUCUGUUGUGGCACAUUUUGACUACCAUAAGCAUCCAAUCACGUCGAUCGAGUGGAGCCCACAUGAGGCCUCCACGUUAGCGGUUUCUUCGUCAGACAAUCAGCUAACGAUUUGGGAUCUUUCUCUGGAGAGGGACGAAGAAGAAGAGGCCGAGUUCAAAGCCAGCACAAAAGAGCAAGUGAACGCCCCCAACGACCUGCCACCGCAGCUUCUGUUUGUUCAUCAGGGUCAAAAGGACUUGAAAGAGAUCCAUUGGCAUUCACAAAUUCCAGGCAUGCUCAUGUCCACAGCUGCAGAUGGCUUCAACAUACUAAUGCCUUCAAAUAUUGAAAACUCCCUCCCUCCUGCCAACAGUGCAUAAUCAUAAUCUACUCAAUUUCCCUGCUUUAUAGAUUAUAUAUAGAUUAGAGAGAGAGAGAGAGAGAGAGAGAGAGAGAGAGAGAGAGGUCCCAGUUGUUUCAGUGUGAUGAUUCUGUUGUUUUAAGUAGUUGCGUUAUGGAGAUUGAUGGCUUUUUUGCAUUUAUCUACUGUUUAUUUAUGUU